UCAACGCGGUGACGUCACGCGUAGACGCACCUGUCGGGCUCCUGACUCCUGCUGUUUCCCUUCCCCUUCCGUGGCUUGGGGCCGGUGUGGUCCGGAACCCCAGCCCCUUUUUACAGUGCCAGUUCGCCUGCGGCCGGGGAGUUGGGCUGCGUAAUGAGGCAGGAGGGUGUGGUGGGCUGAAAGGCAUUCUACUUCAUUUGCGAGUUGGAACAUGGAUUCAGUUUUAGUCUUUUAAGAGGGAAGUGAGGUUGGAGAUUUUUAUUUUUAAUUUUAGGUGGAAGCAAUUGACUUUAGGGCCCUCCAAAGGAAGCGGAUUUAACUUAAUGCUGCUCCCGUGUUUGGAGAGGACAAAAAAAAGGUCCUACCCGGCAAAAUUUUCGUAACCUCUUCGGUAGAAAACCCAAGGUAUCUUUUAAAUCGCAAUAGUUUUCGUUGUGUGUGAAGCUUUCUUCAGGUGGAGCUCCCAAGGUAGCUAGGUUUUUAGGUUUGAAACAGAUGCAGAAUCCAAAGGCAGCGCAAAAAACAGCCACCGAUUUUGCUAUGCCUCUGAGCUGCAAGAUAAUCAGAGAGCUAAAUGGAGUCUGAGCAGCUGUUCCAUAGAGGAUACUAUAGAAACAGCUACAACAGUAUAACAAGUGCAAGUAGUGAUGAGGAGCUUUUAGAUGGAGUAGGUGUUAUUAUGGACUUUCAAACUUCUGAAGAUGACAAUUUGUUAGAUGGUGACACAGCAGUUGGAACUCAUUAUACAAUGACAAAUGGAGGCAGCAUUAACAGUUCUACACACUUGUUGGAUCUUUUGGAUGAACCAAUUCCAGGUGUUGGUACAUAUGAUGAUUUCCAUACUAUUGAUUGGGUGCGAGAGAAAUGUAAAGACAGAGAAAGGCAUAGACGGAUCAACAGCAAAAAGAAAGAAUCAGCAUGGGAAAUGACAAAAAGCUUAUAUGAUGCAUGGUCAGGAUGGUUAGUAGUAACACUUACAGGAUUGGCAUCAGGGGCAUUGGCUGGAUUAAUAGACAUUGCUGCUGACUGGAUGACUGACCUAAAGGAGGGCAUUUGCCUUAGUGCAUUGUGGUACAACCAUGAACAGUGUUGUUGGGGAUCUAAUGAAACAACAUUUGAAGAGAGGGAUAAAUGUCCACAGUGGAAAACAUGGGCAGAAUUAAUCAUAGGUCAAGCAGAAGGCCCUGGUUCUUACAUCAUGAAUUACAUAAUGUACAUCUUCUGGGCCUUGAGUUUUGCCUUUCUUGCCGUUUCCCUGGUAAAGGUAUUUGCUCCAUAUGCCUGUGGCUCUGGAAUUCCAGAGAUUAAAACUAUUUUAAGUGGAUUCAUCAUCAGAGGUUACUUGGGAAAAUGGACUUUAAUGAUCAAAACCAUCACAUUAGUAUUGGCUGUGGCAUCAGGUUUGAGUUUAGGAAAAGAAGGUCCUCUGGUACAUGUUGCCUGUUGCUGUGGAAAUAUUUUUUCCUACCUCUUUCCAAAGUAUAGCACAAAUGAAGCUAAAAAAAGGGAGGUGCUAUCAGCUGCCUCAGCUGCAGGUGUUUCUGUAGCUUUUGGUGCACCAAUUGGAGGAGUUCUUUUUAGCCUGGAAGAGGUUAGCUAUUAUUUUCCUCUUAAAACUUUAUGGAGAUCCUUUUUUGCUGCUUUAGUGGCUGCAUUUGUUUUAAGAUCCAUCAAUCCAUUUGGUAAUAGCCGUCUGGUCCUUUUUUAUGUGGAGUAUCAUACACCGUGGUACCUUUUUGAACUGUUUCCUUUUAUUCUCCUCGGGGUAUUUGGCGGGCUUUGGGGAGCCUUCUUCAUUAGGGCAAAUAUUGCCUGGUGUCGUCGACGCAAAUCCACCAAAUUUGGAAAGUAUCCUGUUCUUGAAGUCAUUGUUGUUGCUGCCAUUACUGCGGUGAUAGCCUUCCCUAAUCCAUAUACCAGGCUCAACACCAGUGAGCUGAUCAAAGAGCUUUUUACAGACUGUGGUCCUCUGGAAUCCUCUUCUCUUUGUGACUACAGAAAUGACAUGAAUGCCAGUAAAAUUGUUGAUGAUAUUCCUGAUCGUCCAGCAGGCCUGGGAGUAUAUUCAGCUAUAUGGCAGUUAUGCUUAGCACUCAUAUUUAAAAUUAUAAUGACAGUAUUCACUUUUGGUAUCAAGGUUCCGUCUGGCUUGUUCAUUCCAAGCAUGGCCAUUGGUGCGAUUGCCGGAAGGAUUGUGGGGAUUGCAGUGGAACAGCUUGCGUAUUUUCACCAUGACUGGUUUAUCUUUAAGGAAUGGUGUGAGGUUGGAGCUGAUUGCAUUACACCUGGCCUUUAUGCCAUGGUUGGUGCUGCUGCGUGCUUAGGUGGCGUGACAAGGAUGACUGUCUCCCUGGUGGUUAUUGUUUUUGAGCUCACUGGAGGCUUGGAAUAUAUUGUUCCCCUUAUGGCUGCAGUAAUGACCAGUAAAUGGGUUGGUGAUGCUUUUGGUAGGGAAGGCAUUUAUGAAGCACACAUCCGGUUAAAUGGAUACCCUUUCUUGGAUGCAAAAGAAGAAUUCACUCAUACCACCCUGGCUGCUGACGUCAUGAGACCUCGAAGGAACGAUCCUCCCUUAGCUGUCCUGACACAGGACAAUAUGACAGUGGAUGAUAUAGAAAACAUGAUUAAUGAAACCAGCUACAAUGGCUUUCCUGUCAUAAUGUCAAAAGAAUCUCAACGAUUAGUGGGAUUUGCCCUCAGAAGAGACCUGACAAUUGCAAUAGAAAGUGCUAGAAAAAAACAAGAAGGCAUUGUGGGCAGUUCUCGUGUGUGUUUUGCGCAGCACACCCCAUCUCUUCCGGCAGAAAGUCCUCGGCCAUUGAAGCUUCGGAGCAUUCUUGACAUGAGCCCUUUCACAGUGACAGAUCACACCCCAAUGGAGAUAGUGGUGGAUAUUUUCCGAAAGCUGGGUCUGAGGCAAUGCCUUGUAACUCACAAUGGGAUUGUCUUGGGGAUCAUCACAAAGAAGAACAUAUUAGAGCAUCUCGAGCAACUAAAGCAGCACGUCGAACCCUUGGCGCCUCCUUGGCAUUAUAACAAAAAAAGAUAUCCUCCGUCAUAUGGCCCAGACGGCAAACCAAGACCCCGCUUCAAUAAUGUUCAACUGAAUUCUAUAGAUGAGGAGAGAGAGGAAACAGAAGAGGAAGUUCAUUUGUUGAAUAGCACAACUCUUUAACCUGAAGGAGUCGUCUACUUUUUUUUCCUCCUUUAAAAAAAAAAAAAAAAAAAAAGGAAAAUGUAAAACCCAGGCUUUUGCAACAUGGUUUGCAAAUAAUGCUGGUGGCAUGGAGGAGUUGUUUGGGGAGGGAAAGGAGAGAGAGAAGGAGACGAGUGAGGUAUUUCCCCAUCUAACCAAGAGCAGCAAAUCAUCUCCUGUGGUUCUGCACUGGAUGCAUUCAGCUGAGGACGUGCCGUGAUAGUGCAGGCUUGAGCCUCAACGGAGAGGACGCCGCAGUCCUGGAGCACCUGGCCGGUUACUCCAACAUUUUGCAAAGACGCAUUAUCAGUCCCUAUUCUGGAGGGAUUAUUUGAAUUGAGCCAUCUAUAAGACUGCAGGGUCUUGCCCUUUUGUAUCAAAACUGUUCUGUUUAAUUCAUGACUUAUAUAGUUAAGCAUUAUCUUUCUACAUUCCAGAAGAGCUUUUAUUUCUCUCUCUGUCUCUCUCUCUCUCCCUCUCUCUUUCUCUCUUGAGCUGCAACAAAACCUCUUUAAAUUGGUGUACCCUUUUGAAACAGUCCUUUCUCAUAUUGAGAUGUACUGUGAUUUUACUGAAGUUUCAUCGCAAGAAGGGAGUGUUUCUUGUGCCAUUAACCAUGUAGUGUGUACCAUCGCUGAAUGCUUGGAGCUGUCUCAUGUACCACAACAAAGGCUAAUCAAACAGGUAAAAUCUCGAAUGAAGUGUGAACAAAAGCUCUCCGCUUGUGUGCAUUGUGGUUCAGAAUCAACAACAAUGAAACUUGACUUGUUAAGGAUAAACAGUUUUCUUUUUGUUU